AUGGUCUCACCAGAUUUCCGACUACCGAUGGCUUAUAGCUGGUUUUUCCUAGUCAUUGAACCUAUCUCCGCCCUCCUCGGCGCCUACUACGCCUAUUUCCGCCCCCUGACCUAUCUGCAAUUAACCGACCUUUCCUCCUCCCCAUCUCUCGAAACCAGCAUUCCUCUCUCCACCAACAUUGUGCUGACCCAGCUCGCAAACCUCUAUUUACUCUUCGCCAUCAACGAAGCUUUGGUGCUGCGCGCCACAUCGGAUCUGCGGGUUUGGAAAACUGUUCUGUUCGGUUUGCUGCUGGCGGAUCUGGGUCAUUUGUAUAGUGUGAGGGGAUUGGGCUGGGAGAUAUACUGGAAUGUCAUGGUGUGGAAUAAGAUGGCUUGGGGAAAUGUAGGGUUUGUGUAUAUUGGGGCGGCUAUGAGAUUGGCGUUCUUGAGGGGAUGGGGUUUGAAUACUGAAAAGGCACAGCAAAAGGCUGUUAGAUCUCAAACUCUAUCGAAUGGUUUGAAAGGGACUUGA